AUGCCUCCACCGCGCACUUCCACCUCUGACAGCACCAAAUCUACUACAAUAGACGCCCCACAGUCCAUGAAGGAAUAUAGCAAAACCACCACCAAUGUGUCAGUCAAAGACGAAGAUUCGGCCAUAGCUGGAGGCUCUCCAGGUUCACCAGGCCCGCCCGAGAAUCAGUCUACACUUAGGGUUGUAUGUCUGAUUGUAUCGGCUUUUGUCGCCAUGUUCCUGGUUGCGCUGGAUAGAACAAUCAUAUCAACGGCCAUACCUAAAAUAACCGAUGAAUUCAAUUCCUUCGACGACGUUGGUUUCGUCUUCCUUGGCAGUACUCUAGUGUUUGAAGUUGCCUCUGCUAUUUGUGGAGCGGCUCCGAAUUCAGUUGCCUUUAUAAUCGGAAGAGCGAUCUGUGGAGUCGGCGCUGCUGGUAUUCUUGCUGGAACUAUAAUGUGUAUCAUCCAUUCCGUGCCUCUCCAGAAGCGUCCACAAAUUCAGGGACUCUUCGGUGCCCUUUUCGGCAUUGCCUCUGUCGUGGGUCCCUUGAUUGGUGGCGCCUUUGCAUCAAACGUGACAUGGAGAUGGUGCUUUUAUGUCAAUUUGCCAAUUGGUGGCGCCGCGAUGGUCUUCAUUGCUUUCUGCCUCAAGAUUCCUGAACAAGAUACAGCAAAGGUUUCCUCGGCGGAGAAGGUUCUACAACUGGAUUUCUUCGGCACUACACUUCUGAUAUCUAGUGUGGUCUGUCUCAUACUAGCACUUCAGUGGGGUGGCCAGACGUAUGCUUGGAGCGAUGGUCGCGUCGUGGUUAGCCUGGUUCUCAUGGCCGUCUUACUUCUCUCUUUCGUCGCCAUCCAGGUCUUCCUUCCAAAGACUGCGACGCUUCCAGUGCGCAUCUUCUCACAGCGCAGCAUCAUUUCGGGCUUCUGGCAGACACUCUGCGUUGGCUCUGGAAACUACAUAUUUGUUUACUUCCUCCCAAUCUGGUUCCAAUCCAUCAAAGGCAGUUCCGCCGUGGAAUCCGGCAUCCGCCUACUACCCAUGAUGUUAUCAAUGGUCGUCGGCUCAAUCGGUGGUGGAAUUACAAACUCCAAGAUCGGAUACUACACCCCACUUGCCAUCAUCGGAUCCUGUAUCAUGUCCGUUGGAGCCGGUCUUCUCACCACCUUUCAAGUGGACACCGUCGAGGGCAAGUGGAUUGGCUAUCAGAUCGUCUACGGACUCGGUCUGGGCUUGUGUUUUCAAGUCCCUAAUCUCGCCGCACAAACCGUACUUCCGAAGCCCGAUGUGCCGUUUGGGCUGGCACUGAUGCUCUUUGGUCAGAUGAUUGGGGCAGCCGUCUUUGUUUCUGUCGGGGAGAAUAUAUUGGCUAAUCAGCUUGUGAAGAGACUUUCCGGGCUGCCGGGGUUCAACUCCCAUCUCAUCACCUCCGGGGGUGUCACUUUGCUGCUGAAUAGAAUACCGGCGGAUCUGCACGACACGGUCCUGCACUCCUACAAUGAAGCACUGCGGAAGGUGUUUCAGGCUGGGUUGAUUAUUUCGUGUCUGGCUGUACUUGGUGCGGCUACUUUGGAGUGGAAGAGUAUCAAGAAGGGACAGCCAAAUUCCGAUACUGAGAAUAACGGCCUGGGUGGAGGGGAGAAGACUGUAGAAGCGGGAAAAGGUAAAUAG